ACAAUUAUUGCCAAUCACUAUUCACUAGGUGUUCUGUUUUUUGUCAAGUGCUAAUGUCCCAAAGAGUAAAGAGUAAAGACCUAACUAGUAAACUGUAAAGACUAUAUUAUAAUUAUCAUUAAUCAUUAUUCGAACUCGUAAUCUAUUAUGUGGUCGUACUGUCAGACAUCGGAUAACACUAAUCUGUACCUACACGAAGAUAAUAGAAACAUUAGAAACAAUAUCGGAAUCUAUAAUAAUAUUAUAAUAAUUAUUAAUUAUACUUAUUCUUAUUAUAUAAGUUAUUAACUUAAUAAUUUAUUUUACAUAAUAUCUCGAACAGUCUUUAAACGGCGUAUUAUAAUAAUUACUUCUUACCAACCUGGUUUAAGUUUUAUUAUGUAUGUUAUUUUAUUAUGUUUAAAUUGGAAAUCAAAUUAUAUUAAAAUAAAAAUUGAUAGCGUUUAGCAUAAAUCAAAAUGGAUAGCUUUCAUUUACCUUGUAACAAGAUAAAAGAUGAAUAUCAAAAAUGUUUCAGUUCUUGGUUCACUGAAUGUUAUAUGAAAGGCGAUUAUGAUGACAAAAGGUGUGCCAAAAAAUUUGAUGAGUAUCAAAAGUGCCUUCGAGAAGGUAUGCAAAUACACACCUUGGAUAUUGAAGAUGUAUUAAAACCUUACUUGGGAACAGAGCGCAUGAAGAAGUAGUUAUAAUAAAUCUUUUUUAUAUUAUCUUACUAGUUAAAAAUUAAAUUUAGUAAGUACCUUUUUGUUAGUAGCUUAGAAUAGGUAAUUUAAUGUCUUUUAACUGUUCCUUAACAAGUUUUGUUAACUUGUAGCUGUUGAGUAAUUAUAUUAUUAGAGUAUAAGUUUUAUAUUUAUCCAACUGUUUUCAAUUUAUUUUUUACAAUUAAUAGAUAAAUUUGGAACAAUUAA